UAGCCUUGGUGUGCAGUGAGACACAAAGCUAGGUCACUUUAAUUUGUUUCCUUCUGUCAUUUUAUAAUGUUACUGUAGCAGUCCUCUCAUGAAAGUGUGUGAAACUGUUCUGAAUCGAGGAUAGACAGGAAGCUCAACAUGGGAAAGUUAUUUCUCAAGGAUAAAGGCUGUUUUUUGAUCUUUUGUGCUCUGAUGGUGUCGUACAGCGCUACAGAGAGAGAGUACUUCCAUCAGUGGAUGAAUCGCACCUGGGAUGAGGCUCGGAACCAUUGCCAGGUCUGUUUCAAAGACCUGGUGACCCUGACGCCUGAAAACAUCCAAACCAUCGUCCUGAAAUUCCCUUCUGAGUCCUGGGUUGGCCUUCGAAAGAAUUUCUACUCCUGCAGCAACUUAACCAGCAACACCACCAUCCAUGGAAGCAGCAACACCACCAUCAGUGGAAGCAGCAACACCACCAUCCAUGGAACCAGCUACUCCACCAGUAACUCCACCAGCAGCAUCCGUAUGCCCUGGUCCAGCUGGGCCAACGGGGACCCCCUAACCUUCCAGAACUGGUACCCUGGUUGGCCCCAUUUUAAAUCCUCACCCCCAAAAACAGAUUGCUGCAGCUGCUCCUGCACAUGCCCAGCAACAUCAAACCCAAGCAUGACAACACAAAGAGUGACAACCGCCGCCCCGUUCACAGACUUUUCAACCCAAGAUGUGACGAACUUCAGCACAUUUACGGAAGACGGAAUGGAAAAUCAAACUGAAAAAAUGACACAUUUUAUUGACCCCAUAACUAUGACAACCCGAACCAACUUGCCAAUAGAAGCAGAGUGCAUGAAAUCGCCUAUGACGACGCCGGUUGUCCCUGAAAUUGAUGAGAACUACAUCGAGGACUCAUGUGUGGCCAUGCUUAGCUUCGGGGCCUGGAUAGAAAAGGACUGCUCCGAGCUUCUGCCUUUCAUAUGUUAUGAAGAUCGCUUCUUUGGUCAAGCCAACGUGACCAACGUGACCUCCAGCAGCGCCGUCCUAGCAUGGCUGCCCGUACCCGGUGACAUUAGCGACUACAGAGUGGAGGCCAAAGAUGAAAAAGGGCACAUGGACAACCUGACUAAUUUAACCUUUCAUCCUGAGAACCUGACUCAUUUAACCCUUGACCUUGAGAACCUGACAGCAGGAAGCCACUACUCAGUGCAGGUGUUCGCUGUGAAGUGUCAGAGAGACCUCCACCCUCAGGAGGUCGACUUCUACACCACACCAAACAAAGUUGAAAACCUCAUUGCCUCCAAUGUGACAGAAACCUCCAUCUCCCUGAGCUGGAACAAACCAGCUGGAGGUGUGGACUUCUAUUUAAUAGAGCAGCAGGGAGUCAAAGACAGAUCCACAUGGAGCGAAGAGGCCUCGAUCAACCAACACACCAAGCCGGGGAAAGUGUCCGACCUGACGGCGUCCGAUAACACCAACAUCUCACUGCAGCUCACCUGGAAGCCACCCAAGGGACUCCGCUUGACUUUCUCAGUGAAGGCUGUGCCCAGUGACAGUAAUGAAUCACCAGUUUUCACUACCGACACUACAGUAAAAGUGAAAUCACUGCCAACUGGCUCCAAGAUAACUCUCAGUGUGAGAGUUCUGAUUAAUGACUCGGGAGAUAACAUUCUGGAGGGAGAAGAAGUGACCAUCCACAGCUACACUGCUCCUGGACCGAUUUCAAACCUGACUCUGGAGCCCCAAAGCAACUCCCUCUCUGCCCAAUGGGUCCCUCCUGUGGGUAACUUCUCAUCUUACAGUGUUGAGCUGCAGCUCAAUGGCAACAUAGUGAGCGCAAAAGACAACCUAACAAAGUCAAGUGAGAGCUUUGAGGGAUUGAAGGCUGCUACCAAAUACAAAGUGAUCGUCUGGGCUGUUAGUGGAAAUCUCAGAAGCCCGCCAAUGGAAGGAUUCGAAUCCACCAAUCCUUUGCCCCCGACUAAUCUGACUGUCACUCAUGCUGACAAAACCAAGAUCACGUUCCAGUGGAAGGCACCUGUCAACACCUCAUCAGUCUUGUACUCUGUUAAAAUCAGCUCCAGCUUCUGGGGUCACAGCUUCAACAAAACCAUAAACCAAACCAACUACACGUUUGAAGGCUUGAAAUCCGGGACAAAGUACCAGUUUGAAGUGCAAACAGUGGCAGGUCGGAAAUCAAGUAAUUCAGUGACUUUGUCACAUUUUACAGAGGCAGACAUACGGGAGAUCAGCGUGUCCAUGCUGUGCUCAUCCACAGAGCCUCUCCUCUGUGGUAAGGAGGACACAAAAAAGAGUGUUUUAAGUCAGCUGCAGGCACACCUUGGAAGAGAGCUGGGGAAUGAUGUCUUCUGGAGCCUCGUGGGGCUGAAAACUUAAGAAAAAACUCUGCAUAGAAUAAGGAUUUUUUUUUUUCUUAAUUCAACUGUAAACAAAAUCAAAUAUUGAAGCAUUUUUUGUGAAUUAAAUAUUGUUAAUGUG